AUGGGGAAUGCGAUGUCGCUCGCUGCUUCCGUGGGCGUCCCGCUGCUGGGAGGCAUGGUCAUCGGGCUCUCCAUCGCUCCUGAAAUCAAGGGCUGGUACAAAACCCUGAAGAAGCCAUCCUGGAACCCGCCCGACUGGCUGUUUGGGCCCGUGUGGAGCGUCAUGUACUGCGCCAUGGGCCUGGCGGCACACCGCGUCUACCUGGCGGGCGGCGGCCCGCUGCCGCUGACGCUCUACGCCGCGCAGCUGGCCCUCAACUUUGCCUGGAGCUGGCUGCGUGCGCUGCUUGCGCUGCAGGCCCUGCUGGGCGUGCUGGGCGCCACCAUCUACGAGUUCUCCAAGGUUGACACGGUGGCCGCCCAGAUGAUGCUGCCCUACCUGGGCUGGGUGUCGUUUGCCUCGGCCCUCACGUGGAACAUCUACCUGAACAACAGCCAGGAGGGCAGGCGGGCCAAGUGGGCCGCCAGCGAGGCGAGCCAGGGUGCGGCGCGCCGCGUGGAGGGCGCCGCCUCGGAGGCCACAUCCCAGGCGGCCACCCCUUUCCUGGCUACGGGCGGGGAGCGGCAGGGGGACAGCGUGCCGGCCGAGGCCGCCGCCGCCACGGCGGCCCGCUCAGGCACCAGCCAGGGCAAGGAGGAGUGA